GUCACGCACCAUCGCCAAUAAGCGUCACCCACUCGCAUUCGCGCUCCGAGCGCGCGGCGAAAUCUGCAUCAAUUCAGCCCCCUCGCUGACGGCGUUCACCAUAAAUAGCAGCAGCAGAAGCAGCAGCAACAGCAGCAUCAGCAGGAGCAGUAGCAGCAGGAGCAGCAGUAGCAUCAGCAGGAGCAGCAGCAGGAGCAUCAUCAGCAGGAGCAACAGUAGCAUCAGCAGGAGCAGUAGCAUCAGCAGCAUCAGCAGGAGCAACAGCAGGAGCAGCAGUAGCAUCAGCAGGAGCAGCAGCAGGAGCAGCAUCAGCAGGAGCAACAGUAGCAUCAGCAGGAGCAGUAGCAUCAUCAGCAUCAGCAGGAGCAACAGUAGCAUCAGCAGGAGCAUCAGUCCGGUAAGAGUGAUUUGAAUGCACACGUGUAAGGUAGCAUUGGCGUCAUCAUCAUCAUCAGCAGCAGCGUCAUCAUCAUCAUCAUCAGCAGCGGCAUCAUCAUCAUCAGCAGCACGCUUACGCACGCCCGGUGCGAGUCGCGAACCGUCGUCUUAGCGAGCGAGCGAGUGCGCGUGUUUUUGAUCUGUGGCGAGGAGCGGUGGCGCAGCGCUUAGCGCACUGCGCAGCGAAACCCGGGGCGAGCCGAGUUCGAUUCAAGCUCACGGACGGUUGCAGCGAACACCUCAUCACUGGAGCGGGUCCUGGGGCUGUGCCUCCCUAGGAUCGACUCAGCCUUAAACGAGUGAUGGAUGUGGCACGGCAGGCGCGGCAGAGCGGUGUCUAGCAUGGCAUGGCCAGCACCAUGAUCCACGCACGCCCCUUGAUGCCUCACCUGCGUGGCGCUGUGUUUGUGCGGAGGGGUCCAGCGUGCCGCCGGGAAAGCGAGCGAGGAGCGCAUCUACCCGGAGAACAUCACCAAGAUUCUGGACGGGUUGCUGCAGGGAUACGACAACCGCCUACGGCCGGGGUUCGGAGGCCCCGUCAUGGAGGUCAAGACCGACAUCUACGUGACGAGCUUCGGGCCGGUGUCCGACGUUAAAAUGGACUACACCAUGGACGUGUUCUUCCGACAAACGUGGGUGGACGAGCGGCUGGAGUUCAAGGGCCCCAUCGAGAUCCUGCGGCUCAACAACCUCAUGGUCAACCGCAUCUGGACGCCCGACACGUACUUCCGCAACGGCAAGACGUCCAUCGCACACAACAUGACGGCCCCCAACAAGUUGCUGCGCAUCAUGCAGAACGGAACGAUCCUCUACACCAUGCGGCUGACGAUCAACGCCGAGUGCCCGAUGCGCCUCAUGGACUUCCCCAUGGACGGACACGCCUGCCCGCUCAAGUUCGGAAGCUACGCCUACCCCGACAGCGAGGUGCUCUACAGCUGGACCAAGGGCGCCAACAAGUCGGUGGAGAUCCCUCUCGAGUCGUCCAGCCUGCUGCAGUACGACCUGGAGAGACACACGGCCGCCAGCGAGCUCAUCAAGACCAACACGGGCGACUACGUGGUGAUGACCGUGUACUUCCACCUCAAGCGCAAGAUGGGCUACUUCAUGAUCCAGACGUACAUCCCGUGCAUCCUGACCGUCAUCCUCUCGCAGGUCUCCUUCUGGAUCAACAAGGAAUCGGUGCCGGCCCGGACCGUGUUCGGUCUCCUACGCCACCGCCAUGGACUGGUUCAUCGCCGUGUGCUUCGCCUUCGUCUUCUCGGCGCUCGUCGAGUUCGCCGCCGUCAACUACUUCACCAACGUGCACGCCGAGCGCGCCACCAAGAGGGCGGCGAGGAUGGCCGCUGCCGUCGCCAUCGCCGCCGCGAUGGCGGCGCGGAGGAACGCGGCGCUCAGAGCGGCGGCGGCAGCGGCGGCGGAGAGUCGCCCCGAGCCGUCGCCGGAGCCGGACGUGGCCCGGGAGCGGAGACCUCCGCCGGCGCUGGCCGCCUGCCCCCGCAACGAGGUGCUCUCGAGCCCCGACCAGAACUGCACGCUGAAGAAGCGGAUGAACGUAGCCACUCAGUACCGGGAGGAGGCCUCGAGCCCCCGCCUGUACCGCGGCACCGAAGCGGCGGCGACGAGCCGGGCCCCAGCGCCGCCCUCGCCCAGCCAGGCCCCGUGCCUCAAGGCCUUCUCCUUGCUGCCACCACCGCCACCACCGCAGCAGCAACAACAACAACCACCGCAGCAGCAACAACAAACGCCGGCACCGCCACCGCCACCGCCGCUGCCCAUCGACGGGACGAGCAAAAUCGACAAAUACGCACGGAUACUGUUCCCCGUGUCGUUUGCGGUGUUCAACAUGGUCUACUGGGUCGUCUAUCUGUCCAAGGACACGAUGGAGAAGAUCGAGCUGUGAGGGUCGCCGCGUUCGCCGUCCGUCGCCCGCUCCAAUCGUCGUCACGGUCGAGCCGCGAGUCAUCGGCUGCUGGACGAGGCGGCGGUUGUUGGCGUGGAGUGGCCUGGAGCUCGGGCGCCAUGAAUUCCCUCCACUGUUCCCAAUUGUGCACCCGCCCACUGUUCCUAGCACCAGGGCCCCCAUACCUGCCCAUAGGCCCCCACACCUGCUCGUGGGCCUCACACCUGCCCAUAGGCCCCCAUACCUGCCCGUGGGCCUCCACUCUGCCCGUGGGCCCCCACUCCGGCCCGUGGCCCCCGGUGCAGUCACACCGCCUGCACACCUGGUAGCUGCCUCGAUGGGCCCUGUGAUUGAUAUCUUUGUUUCUUUGUUGGCAGUUUUUGAAAUGUCACCGAUAUUGAUAUUGGCAAGAAUAUCAAUAUUGACAUCGGUUAACAAUAUGGCCACAGUGCCGAGAUGUUAACUACCUCGCCUGCCCACGUGGAUUUUUCUCCGGGUCCUCCGGUUCCCCCCCCCACCGCCACAUUUAUAAUCGCAUAUCACCACGCGUUUGUAUAGUUAUGUGGUUGCUGCUAUAAAUUUCCACACGAUGAUGAUGAUGAGAAGGCCACUUUGUUGAGUUAUCAUUGGCGAUGGCCAGGUCUCUUCUGAAAAACAUGAGCUAUGUAGUGCCUCGACGGGGCCUUACCUGGUAAAAAUAAAAUAGCUUUGAUAGUUCAACUCAUCGCACUGCUGUGCAGCAUCAGCAGCAUCACCCCCUCCACCUACUACAGAAACCAGGACGGAACCCUCUUGAAAAAAACGGGGGGGAAGGGGCCCUUGAGACUGGCUGAGGCUUUCCGUGGGCAAGUGACUGUACAUCAUCUUUUAUAUUCACCCUGUAAAUAAUGCACCUUGCAGACUACGCUCAUCGUGCUGGUAAAAGAAUGGUGCUUGACGGCGGUGGGUGGCAAGGAAGAAGGGCGCAGGUUUUGAUCAGAUGAUCACACAGUGGCCUAACCCAAAAGUCAACUUUGAAUCACAACGGCUGAUUGUUUUGCUCAGUCUAAUGUACGUGAAGAUAUUACAAUCUUUUGAUUUAAAGCUUUCGUGACUGCAGGGAUUCAUAUUCUUGGUUCUCUCGGUAAAGUCACGUGGAAGGGAAACAAUAAAAUAAUAAAAAUAUAAAAAAAUAAAAUUCUCACGACGUUUCGACUGCAACACAAGCAAUCAUCAUCAGGUGUGAAAAACUUUUUUAUUAUUUUAUUGUUUCCCUUCUACGUGACUUUACCGAGAGAACCAAGGAUAUUAAAAUCGUACGUGGAAUAUUGUACUGUGCUCACUCCCGCUGCGGGAUGCUUAUGUUUAUGUAUAUUUCGGCAAACGUACAAAACGGAAUCCACAACAGAUGAACAUUCGCUUGUUUGCUUUAGCGCCGUGACGUGCACCAGCGGUGGCGCAUUUGCCGCAGAGGGUUCCGCGGUGCGGCAACCUGCCGGCCGUCCUGGUUAAUACUGCAGCGUGGGAUUAAGCACGAGAUGCCACGCGGUGCCGUGUGCUUCUCAGCGUGACGGCAUUCCAAUGCGGGGCCGGCGUCACGCUUCAGUGCCCCAAGGGAUCGCACCGCAAAUUCACCCGGCAGAAUGAUUAGCCCGCUUGCAGGCCAGAUGCUGCAUACAGCCAGCUGCCACCAGGGUGUCCCACUGGGCUGUAUACAGCUUUGUGCCGCACAGAGACAGCUGCCACCAGGGUGUCCCACUGGGCUGUGUACAGCUUUGUGCCGCACAGAGACAGCUGUCACCAGGGUGUCCCACUGGGCUGUAUACACUUUGUGCCACACAGAGACAGCUGUCACCAGAGUGCCCCACUGGGCUGUAUACACCUUUGUGCCACACAGAGACAGCUGUCACCAGGGUGUCCCACUGGGCUGUAUACAGCUUUGUGCCGCACAGGGACAGCUGCCACCAGAGUGUCCCACUGGGCUGUAUACAGCUGUGUGCCGCACAGAGACAGCUGCCACCAGGGUGUCCCACUGGGCUGUAUACAGCUGUGUGCCGCACAGAGACAGCUGCCACCAGGGUGUCCCACUGGGCUGUAUACAGCUGUGUGCCGCACAGAGACAGCUGCCACCAGGGUGUCCCACUGGGCUGUAUACAGCUUUGUGCCACAGAGACAGCUGCUAGCGAGGGUGGGAUGCUCCCACUUGAUCAGACUGCAGCAGAAGUGUAUUGAAGUGGUUGAGAUGGGACGGGAUGCGUGGAAGGCGCUCCCGAGUUUCUGGCGCAACGCGAGUCGGCCCCGUGCAUGUUGGACGUGCCUGUAAGUUGAACUUCUCUCACGCUGUAUGUAGCCAACCGUGCCAAUCGGAGGUGCGUUGGGAAGGAAUGCAAACUAAACACAAAAAAAGCACAGAGGUUUUUUGGGUUAGAUCGCGUGAAUAUAUAAAUGUGUCGUUAAACCCGCCACCACCCGACACAGCCAACUAGUAAGGGUUCGUGUCACGUACACGGAACGUGCCAAUUCGUCACUAGCACCCGUGUGUAUUGUAGUGUAUAGUGUAGUAUACUAGUACAGCACACCGGUGUGUUGGAGAGCCAAGCCACAACAUUUACAAUCCGAGUACGACGUUUCACCAGUAAUUACAACCAGCUUCUUCACCGCUGCGGCGACCUAACCCCAAAGAGAGAAAGUAGAUGAUGAUAAUAAUAAUAACGACGUUGGCGGUGAAAGGCGACCUGCGCAUGUUAAAGUUUUGCAGUCGGCGCUCAUCACCGAACGAUGGGAAGGUCGUCUCUGUACCGCUGUGAAGGCCACCCUCAGUGUGAAUUUCUCUGGGACGCUUCCCUUAUGAAUUUCGUACCGCACUUCCGAGUUGAUUUUGAAUUGAAAUGUACUUUCUUAUUGUUUACAAUCUACAGGGUUUAAUAAAACUCACGCAAUGA